GGAAUAUUUUAUGAAGCGCAUGUGCUUGCAACGACAGAAGCAAUAACCUUGACUCAUUAUUACGAUUACGCCCAGAACGGGGACAACAGAGGAGAUGUCAAAACCAGUUUGAGAAACGUUCUAGGACACAUAUCUCAUUCCGAACAUAAGGGACUGUCUCGUCUAAUUAUGUAUCGUCAACAAACCGGCCCUGUCCACAUCUGGUCAAUGUCACCCGCACUACUUGUAUACGAUACACGUGGCACCCAUCCAUAUUCAUACAUAAGGGGGCAACUACGGACCAUGUCAUCAGCAGUAGUUUAUGGCCCAUCCAAUCUCAACGGCUAUGUGUGCAUCCAGACGCACACAACCGUUAUGGAGUGGUGCUUUACUGAGACAUUGCGUAAAGUGAGACAUCUUGCAUCUCGCUGUUGUGUUGACGCGUCGCGUAUGAAGCGGCCGAUGAGCGUCACACUUCCAGAAGGAUGGGGUCAGCCCUUGGGGUGUGAAGUUUCCUUUCAUCCUUUGAAGACGACCUUGUGUGGCAAGCCAGAGGCCUCGCAGCCUCUUGUCGGAGGUCUAAGCCGCUGCAGUGCAGGCCCAAAGUUAAUUUACGAAACGGCGUCCGUUUGCCUUUUUUGUAUGGAAUCGCCGACUGCUUAAUGCUAUAUUUUGAUUGGGUUUUUUUUUGUUCGCUAAGAACAAUUGCACGAUGGUGGCGUUCAUCAGUCUGCCCCCCCUCUGCUUGCUGGGGCAAGCGUUUUUUAAUUGCACGCUGUUGAGGACUUUUUGUCCCCCCACCGUCUCACUCCGGAAGUGUUCCCCUUUGGCAGGUUCCCUUCCUCCAGGUUGGAAUUUGGCAAAAGGAAAAGACAAUCCCCUCCGCCAUACUUUCCUUUUCCAAGACCCACUUGCUUUCUCCCCCUUUUGUUCAAACCUGGCUCGGAAGGAACGCACACGGGUCUUUUCGUCUUUCCCGUCUUUUUGUUUUUUUGUCAGCUUUCUACCAAACACUUGCUAUUAGCGCGUGAUUGUUCGCCACGGCCGGGAGGGUACCACCUGGCAACCAGCCAAGAACGUUGUGUUCUUGCAAUCAUCCCUGUUGAACCAUAAAAGUAUGAAUGUCAAUUAGGCAGACAUUUGCCGUAUCGCUGUGUAUUUUUUUGUCUUUUUUCCUCGCACACACCGAUCGCUGCCCACUUUGGGUGUUGAGAACCCAAAUCCAACAUAGUGUGCUGGCGAAUGGAAAAACCCGGACUCUUGACUAAAAUCCUCUUCCUUCUUGCUCCCGUUUCUCUUCAUUUCACACUUUGCGCAUCCUUUUCACACUCCCGAUCCGUAUUAUUAGCAUCUCCCAACUUGGGAAGAUUUUAACACUCGCGGUGAUUUAUCGCCUUUCUUGUGGCGAUAUUUCCCGCGGCAGCAGUGACCUCCCUCCACACAUCGUCAUCCGUUGCCGGCGAUCCCCGCCGAGCAAUUGGCUCAUCAUGUCAAUCGUUGAAGGUUUCUAACAAGCACCAAGAGAAUCAAGCGACCCCAACGACGACUCGUGUCACAGUGCAUUGCGCAUCUCAAAGCCGUCCCGAAGACGCGAUGCUUCCUUACGAGGUUACGAGUAGUGGUUAUAUACCCUCUUCACAACCUAACCAAUCUCCAGCUUACGCAGGAAGCCAUCAACAUGCCGCGCACGAUGGGCAGAAUAAGAACCGGGAUCUCCUGGAUAUUCAGAUGCCGCUCGGAACCGGGGCUGGGCAAUAUCCGGUACCCUCACAGUCUCGCCCAUUUCUGCAGCAGUCGCAUGAGUUGUCAAGAUAUCCACAAUACAUGCAAUAUCAGGGCGUAGAGUCUCCACGCCCGCAGCCGCCAGUCCUUCAACCACAGCAACCGUAUCACAUGCAGCAAUUAUACGGCCGAGCACCUUUCGCGUACCAUCAACACCACGUGAUGGGCUCGAAAAAGCAGCGAGGCAGUCCCCAUAUUCCAAGUCCACGACCCACACAUCAAAUCUCACCGCCAGCGGAAAAGUCUUCAAAGACCCCAAAGAGUGGAAAAAAACGAUCCGCUCCCGAAGGACAGCCAACAGCUGAGUCACCUGCCGCAGAUACACCAUCUGUGGGCCGUUUCGAUAGCUCCCUUGGUCUUUUGACCAAAAAAUUCAUCAGCGUAUUGCGGGAGUCGAGAGACGGGGUUUUGGAUCUCAAUCAAGCUGCCGCUCAACUGAACGUUCAAAAGCGUCGAAUAUAUGACAUUACAAAUGUCCUGGAAGGCAUUAAUCUUAUUGAAAAGACAACUAAGAAUCAUAUUCGAUGGAAAGGUGACCAUAUGUAUUUACAAGAUCGUAAUGUCGAACAGCGUGUGGCGACGCUUAGGGCGGAAAAUGAAGCCUUAGAAAGGCAGUUAGAGAACUUGAGACAAAUGCGACAGAAUGUGGAUAAUGCUCAUGACACCGUUAUGUCGAAGGAGCAUACAAGGCGACUACUGUAUGUUUCAAUGCAGGACAUAGCGCGAAUUCCGAAGCUGCAAGCCAAGAAAUUGUUGGCAUUACGGGUUCCGCCGGGGUCUCGGCUGACGAUACCACAAAGCGAGGAGGAGUGGCAGUCGCACUUUGAUUUGCAUAUACGGAGCGACAGUGGGCCUAUUGAAUGCAUCCAUUUGUCAGAAUGGAAGGUCAAAGAAGAGCCUGAACGUUCAAAUAGUUUGAUGCAGGAGGGACUACCAGAUGUGAACAAUACAACAACACUUUCUUCUUCGUAUCCUGCGUGGGACUCCUCUGCUGGGGCUCGUCACGAUUUCGCUGCUGCGUCCAAAAACCUGAUCGCUGUGAGUUCUCCGCAAGAGUCAUAUUCGGUGCGACAUACUGGCUCAGAUGCAGCGGUCUCCGCGGAAGGACCCUCCGCGCCCGUCACAUCGAGCCGGUCUUUACAGUCUCAGUUUACUAUGGAUGUCGGUGGUUAUUUGGCGGAUGUCUACCGAAAAUCUGCCUCCGAGGUGACGUUAAUACCAUCAACCAUUACCAAUCCGCUUGCUCUGCCAGAGGGCUCAGGGAGCAAUAGCACGACAAGAAAAUUUAGCAUAGGAGGUCAAAAGAGCUCCAUGACAUCUUCUACUGCAGAGAUAAGCCCGACGCAGGGUUCACAACCCCGAAGCAGUAUGACUCCGGCACGGAAUAACGUGGGAUAUGGACCAGCUUUUAGAUACACUAAUGUCUCGGAGAUGCACAAUUUACCCACGACACAGUACCCCUCCGAUUACGAGCGUAUCUCACAAGCUUCAAUUGCCGCUACCCAGAGUGCCAAUCCCUACCGAUCCUGGCUCACGGAGUCUGACGCACACGCCAAAGAACGAUAUCAUUCGAGACGAUCCACUGCAAUGGAGGAAGAUUGGCCGCCAGAGUGGAGCUCAGCUGGGGAUGCCAGCCGACGUCCGGAAGGGUAACAGGUAUUAUUCUUGAGGAUUGUAGGAGAGAACGGCUUACCGUUUUUGAGUGCUGGUGUUUUUUUAUUGGUUUGUUUUCGUUCUAUAUUUUUGGAUGCGGCAUUGAGAGAGUGGCCGCGAAGGGAAUACCCCCGGACCUGAGGAGAGGGCAACGUUCUACGAGCGUUUACCAUUGCUUUUGCUUAAAAUUGUUCGUUUACUCCGAGUUUACUUGACACCGGGUUGUGAUCUUGGAUUUGUGUGGGUUGGGUGACAGGCAGGAGCGGCGCUGUAUUUAAACAGCAAAGAUUUGACAGGGUUAUUAUAGGGAUGAUUCUCAUACUCUGGACACCUCUAUCACUUCAAAGUGAGAUUUGACAUUUGGCUUUUUCUUUUUCUCUGUGUUUUUUUUGGGCUGGUUUUCAUGGUCUCGUUGGGUUUAUUUGUUUUCGCAAUAACACGGUCAAAUGCGUGCGCAACCAG